ACGACACUUCGUUCUUCCCCACUUCUCUAAGAACAGCAAGAAGAACAACCCACAAUGGCCUACCAGCCAGGCCCCUCAUACCGCCCACAGGGGCAACAGCCCAUCAACGACCACCAGGCGCAGGCGCUCGCUGGCGCCCAGGUCGGGCGCACCUCGCCCAUGCCCCCCAUACCCUCGGUCGCCCAGUCCAACAUUGGCCAGCCGGGCCAGCUCAACAACUACCAGCAGCAGCAACAGCAGCAGGCGUACGGCCAGCAGCAGCAGCAGCAGGGCGGACCGAUCAGCCCAAACGCCACAGGCAACAGCACCAGCUCUGGCGGUCAUGGCGCUGGCAACGGCGCGGCUGCGGGCACGCCGGACAAGGGCCCCGACUAUGUCUACUUUGAGCGCCGGCCCAGCCAGUUCUCGGAAAUGACGACGGGCAAGGCGACGGCAGCCAAGAUGAAGCUCGAGCUCUACUACAAGGACGCGGUGGAGGGUGUCGUCGGUCGCAAGGAGCGGCGGACGGCCCUCGAGAAACAGUUACACGCCGACACGAUGUCGCACGACUCGAUCAAGGCCCGCCAGCUGCUGGCGCUCGGUCGCCGAGAGUCCAACUUUCUCCGCCUCCGUCGCACCCGCAUUGGCCUCGAGGACUUCCGCACCGUCAAGGUCAUUGGCAAGGGCGCGUUCGGUGAGGUGCGCCUCGUCCAGAAGGUCGACACGGGCAAGAUCUACGCCAUGAAGUCGCUGCGGAAGAAUGAAAUGUUCAAAAAGGAUCAGCUGGCACACGUCCGUGCUGAACGUGACGUCCUCGCCGAGUCCAACUCGCCUUGGGUUGUCCAGCUCUUCUACUCGUUCCAGGACACGGCGUACCUCUACCUCGUUAUGGAGUUCCUGCCCGGUGGAGACCUCAUGACCAUGCUGAUCAAGUACGACACGUUCUCCGAGGACGUGACAAAGUUCUACAUGGCCGAGUGUAUCCUCGCCAUCGAGGCCGUCCACAACCUCGGCUUCAUUCACCGUGAUAUCAAGCCUGACAACAUUCUCAUCGACUCGAUGGGCCACAUCAAGCUCUCCGACUUUGGUCUGUCGACCGGCUUCCACAAGCAGCACGACUCGGCCUACUACCAGAAGCUGCUGGGCGGUGGCGACGUGUCCAACCACAGGCACUCGUCGACUGGCGGCGCCGCACGCAACUCGGUCAUGGUCAACUCGAUCAACCUGACCAUGACUAGCAAGCAGGACAUUGCGACGUGGAAGGCCAACCGUCGAAAGCUCGCCUACUCGACCGUCGGCACCCCAGACUACAUCUCGCCAGAAAUCUUCUUGCAACAGGGCUACGGCAAGGAGUGUGACUGGUGGUCGCUUGGCGCUAUCAUGUUCGAGUGUCUCGUUGGCUACCCUCCGUUCUGCUCGGAGAACGCGCACGACGUUUACCGCAAGAUCAUCGACUGGCGCAACCACCUCUACUUCCCCGACGACGUCCACCUCAGCCGCGAGGCCGAGGACCUCGUUCGCCGCAUGCUGUGCGAGGCCGAGCGCCGCUUAACUGUUGAGCAGCUCAAGGCUCACCCCUUCUUCUACGGCGUUGACUGGACCACGAUCCGCAACAUUGACGCGCCGUUCGUGCCACACCUCCGCUCCAUGACCGACACGUCCUACUUCCCUACCGACGAGUUGGAUCAGGCCAGCGAGGCCCCGUCCGGCGCCGACGUCGGCCCCAGCGCAACCAAGGACCUGGCAUUCCUCGGCUACACCUUCCGUCGCUACGAAAUGCUCUGAGCUUCGGCUUCCGGGACUUUUACUCUCUGUCUGGCCUGACCACGAUAUCCACGCUCCGCUGAUGAUUGAUAUGACGUUAUAUCCCCCCCUUGUAUGCAUGAUGAGUCGCAAUCAAA